GAGAUACCAUAUUUGGAAUACUAUUUUCUUCUCCCCACACAACAGAAAAACAUUGUCUUAUAAAGGCAGAUCUUAUUAAGUUACACAUAACCGCAAUAGUUUUUUUUUUUUGCGUUAUAGGAAGUUUGAAAACAUUCGAUUUCUAUUUUGCUUUAAAUUCAUUGUUUGCAUUUCCCUUACUGUCUCUUCUUUUUCAUUAUAUAUUUACACAAUGAAGAUCUCCUUAUUAUUGUGUUUGUUUGUACCUGCCAUUUAUGCCAUCGUAAUCCAGCCUCUGCCUACAGCCACCGUGGACUCUGGCGCUGUAUUAAAUAAAAGACUCGAGUCGCCUACAGCUGCUCCUGUGCUCCGUCAUAUCAAACGGGAUUUAGAAGAUACUCUUAGUUUAUAUGAAAACUGGGCCAAUGAUUGUACCGGAAAUAAUGAUAAUAACGCCAAGGUCGCGGUUUCCGAUCUCAAUAAUCUCUGGUCGACUGUGACAAGUACUGUAUACUGUGGUAACGGUAAUGUCAAGACCUUGACAAAGACUGUCACUGCCACAAAGACCUCUACAUCAAAAUCCUCUUCGACUAACAAAUCCAGCUCCAGCAGUAAAGGGAACAAAGUUAAAUGUGACGAUAAAUGCUGGAGCACUUAUUUAUGGCACACAUACGGCUAUGGUAUUACGGUUGCGCAAGGCUUUACUGGUAUUCUUUGCAUGUUAAUCGCCAUCUACUUUUUGAUAUUCGGCUAUAGUUCUUUUAGAGGAACGUUGGCUGCUACUGGUUUUGUGUUCUUUGCGGUGAUGACAUGGAUUGGUCUUGUUAAUAAUGAGCCCCUUCAUGGCUAUCCCCAUAACGAAGUCACUUACAUUUGUGUCAGUGUCGGUUUAGGUCUUGUAGGCGCCUUUUUAUUUAUUUUUAUUUAUGGUGUAGCACUUUACUUUGUCGGUGGGCUUGCCGGUUUUUUUGUUGCUGUAUUUAUUCUGUCUUGGAAAGAAAACCUUGUUAUCCAGAUCCAAGUGGCUCGUAUUUGUUUUAUUGGUGGAAUGGGAGUCGUAUUUGCCAUCAUGAUUAUUUUACUUGAGAGUUACACGAUUAUCUUUAGCACGUCAUUCAUCGGUGGCUACAUGUUCAUUCUUGGCUUGGACUUAUUUAUUCAUACAGGUCUUAUCAAUGCUUUCCUCACUAUCUUUGAUGGAAACAAAAAUCAUACCAACGUGUACAUUAUCAAAACUCCUACUUAUGUGUCGCUUGCUUUUGUUGUAGUGCUCACUUUAGCCUCUUUCGGCUGGCAAUAUUAUUGGAACAUUAUUACCAAAAAGAAGCAGUUCGGUGUCAACAUUGAAGAAAAGAAGGUCGACAAGUGUUAGACACUUAAACAUUACUAUAUAUUUACAUCUCAUAUCCCCUUUUCAUAUUAAAAAUUACAUUUUUUUUACCGGCUAUCU